AUGAUAGCUUGCCAAAGACGUUUAUCCAGGCAACGCCGAUGUGUCGGUAGUGGUUGCAUGACUACGACGGUUAUCGAAUACGUGGUACCAUCAUGUAUGCCGCCUUGUCUUCCGAUGAUGCCAAUGAUGCCACCUCCUCCACCACCUCCGCCUCCACCUCCACCUCCCCCUCCACCGCCACCUAUGCCUAUGAUGGUCUGUUGUUGUGGAAUGAUAUAUUGCUGA